AUGGCUAUGGCAGCCAAAACAGUGAUCAAAAAAACAAUGUCUUUGUGCCUCUUGGAUAAUUCACGUUUUAUGGUGCGUGUUGAUUAUGAAGAAGAAAUCCUCAAGAAAUUUAAAAACUAUGAAGGACGACAAUAUGAUCCAGUGAAACAAACAUGGUCAUUUCCACUUAAAGAAUUCGAACGAUUUAUGGCUGAUAUAAAAGAAUUGAAGAAACAAAACUUUGAUAUAAGUUUCGACAAAAUAUUCAUAGAAUAUAAUAUUAUACCCGACAUGAAAAUUGAUUUAUCCGAAAGAUUAGGAUCGGAUUUUUAUGAUAAACUUUAUCCAUAUCAACGUGAAGGUAUUAUAUUCGGCAUAAAACGUGAUGGAAAAUUGUUGAUUGCUGAUGACAUGGGUCUUGGUAAAACAAUACAAGCAAUAGGAUUGGCCAAGUGGUUCCGUGAUGAUUGGCCAUUGAUAAUCAUUUGUCCAUCAUCAUUGCGAUAUCAAUGGAAAGAGAAAAUAUUGGAAUAUUCACCAGAUAUUAAUGAAACAAAUAUUUUCGUUGCAACGACAAGUAAAGAUUUACUUUCAUAAAUUAUUAUCACAUUGAUUGCCCUCAUAGCUCAAUCGGUAGAGUUUCCGGCUCUUAUCUAGAAUUAUUAUCACCAGAUUCUCUAAAAAGAAUUUGAUCAAAAAAAUUCAAUUUUCCAAUCCACACAGUUGAAAACCGGAAAG